UGGCGCUGGUGGGGUAUAUAGGAGAACGCGCUUUUGUGGGAACAUAACUUAUUCGAAUUUCACAACACUUCGUACGAAUCUCUCUCGUUAAAUCUCUCUACAUUCAACAUGUCUGGACGCGGUAAAGGAGGAAAAGGAUUGGGAAAGGGAGGUGCCAAGCGUCAUCGAAAGAUCUUACGUGAUAACAUCCAGGGUAUCACCAAGCCCGCCAUCAGACGUCUUGCACGACGAGGUGGAGUCAAGAGGAUCAGUGGACUGAUCUACGAAGAGACCAGGGGAGUCCUGAAGGUCUUCCUGGAGAACGUGAUCCGUGAUGCAGUUACCUACUGCGAGCACGCCAAGCGAAAGACCGUCACCGCCAUGGACGUUGUCUACGCUCUGAAGCGACAAGGUCGUACCCUGUACGGUUUCGGAGGAUAAGCAGCCUGCUGCUUUCCACCUACCUGAUCUCGAGCUUGCUCGAUUUCAAACAACGGCUUUUCUCAAAGCCCCACAAAAAUCAAAAAAGAAAACCUGUCUAACUGUAUUACAGUACAACAAUAUUAUUCAAAUUGUUCAAGCUGGAUAUUUGUCCUCCCAAUUUAAUCAACCAAGUUUUGAGUAUACUUU